AUGUUGGCAUUUGAUAUGAGCAGGGACUGGAUCACCCUGAGCUGGGACGGUGCUGAGAUCCUGAGCAGGUUUCUGGGCCCACACUCCUGGGAGCUGGCUGGAAGUUGGAUUCCCACUGUAGGCAUGUGGGGUGCAGUGGGCACUGUGGGGUUAGCAUGGGGCACUGCCUGGCAAUUGAUUCUGGGCUGGGUGCCCUACAUCAACAGCAAGUUUAAGAAGAACGUCUAA